AUGCCUGUUACUUCCACACCUACUCCGCCAGCCAAAGAAAGUUCCGGCAAUGACCAGGAUAUCCGAGCCACGGCUUUUUUCGACGGGAAAAAUCUUCCGUCACACAUCCGCACUUCGCAGAAAACUAUUGUAGCGGUAGUACUUACCCGAUCUCACUCGGUAUCGACCAUGCCAAAAAACAAAUCCAAGAGAAGUCACAGCAGAGGAGCGUUCAAAUGCAACAUUUGCUACUGUAGGUUUAAGAUGCAAUCUUCCCUCCAAUAUCACAUGCGAAUUCACGCCGAAGGACCACGGCAUCGGUGCGACGUUUGCGGUAAAGCUUACCACGUGAAGCACUUAUUAAAGAGUCACCAGUUCCGUCACACGGGUGAACGGCCAUUCAAGUGCGAAAUCUGUGGUAAAACCUAUGGCGUGGUGUACCAUUAUAGAAAGCAUUUGCUGUUGCAUACUGACGAGUUUAAAUGUGAUGAAUGCGGCAAACGCUACGAUAACCAAUAUUUACUUGAUAUGCAUAAAAAAGGAAAGCACAAAGGCGAGCUACCGUACAAGUGCGAAAUUUGCGGAAAAUCUUUUCUAGUAGCAAUUAACUUGAAACGACACGUGACCACACAUACGGGCGAGCAACGCCACAGCUGCGACAUCUGCGGUAAAAGAUAUACCACUAAAGAUAAUCUGGAAGCUCACGCUAGGUCUCAUACCGGCGAACGACCGUUCAAGUGUGACAAAUGUGACAAGGCAUUCGCUAGACGCAGUACCCUUCGUACUCACGGCGCGAUGCAUACUGACGAGCAUCCCUUCGAAUGUGAAACCUGUGGUAAAAAAUUUGCCCUCAAAUUGCAGUUCAAGCAGCACAUGGUAUCACACAGUGAUGUACGGCCACAUAAAUGUGGCAUGUGUGGAAAAGGAUUUCCGUCCCAGUAUCAGCUUCACGGACACUAUCUGAGUCACUCCGGCGAUAAACCGUACCAGUGUGAACUCUGCGGCUUGAAAUACCGUUCGAAAACCAGUCUGAGGAACCAUCAGAAGAAACAUGUCAUCCAGACGACGGAUGAUCCGUACAAGUGUGAGGUUUGUGGACUGAACUUCGCAACGAAGAGUUCUUUCACUGACCAUAAAAAGGUGCAUUCCUAAAAGGCUGGAUCGGAUCGACUACACUGUUAUCAAUGCUCUCGAAAUUAAACCACCUCAACAGCAUGACACUAGUGAAUGUUUGUAACAGCCUUUUCCUAAUUAGUUUAAAUUUUCCUUACGAAGGAAAUUCAUCUAAAUAAAAAACGUCUUUGUAACUUAAAGAUAGGAACCCGAAUUAAUUUUUAUACUCUUAAUCAGUAUCCCCGAUUGACCAUCAAUCCUACGACUACAGAAAGAAUUAUAAAAAAAUUGAAAUAAUAUAGAUUAGUUUGUGCAAAAACACAAAGUUUGUGAUCUCAAAGGUUCUAUAGAACAUCACGAGCUAAUAAAAGUACGACAGAACCGCCAGGGGUUCAGCAACAAGCACCUCUCCGUGCCUACACUCCAAGAUU